GGCGAUAACUACGGUGAAGAGUCAACCGACACCCUGCCGCGGAAAGAUUUCCGGGGUCGUCGCGACCCAGCCCGUCGGGCGACUCCAUAUCCGGCUCCUGAGACCAAGGCGCUGCCUCCUCCUGUGAACCCGACUCCGGCUCCUGAGAUCAAGACGCUGCCUCCUCUUACUACGGCCUCAGCUCCAGCUCCUGUUCCUGUGAACCCGACUCCUGUUCCUGUGAUCAAGACGAAGGAUCGCAUCCUGAUCACCAAGGUAGAAACUCUACCUCCUAGGAGACGUUUCCAGCAGAGCAAGUCCAAGACGAAGUGGAGAUUCACCCCGAUUGCCAAGUGGGGUCAUACUGACCCAGCAACACAGAAAUCGGUGGAAAUCAAAUCGUCCAUUCCAAGUCCGACUCCAGUCCUACCGAGCCCUACACCAGCUCCUGUUCCUGAGGCUACGACGCGGGAUCCGAUCCUAACGUCUAAGGUAGAAACCUUCCUACCUUGGAAGCUCGUACCCAUCUCUGUUCCGGCUCCCGAGAACAUACCAGCUCCUGAGAUCCAGGCGAGGGACUCUAUACCAAUCUCCAGGAUAGAAACCUUCCUACCGUGGAAACUCUAUCCAAUCGACGUUCCACCACGAGCUCCACGUGUCCGACGCCCACGUGUCCCUCUUCAUCCUGUCGAUCCGGAGAACUCUGUGGCAACUCAGACAGACCACAUUUUCAAGACGCCUACACGACCACGAUUCCUGCAGACCCGACUGAGUCCCAUUCCGUCCACUCCGAAAGACCUGGUGGUCCCGCGAGAGAUUAUCUUUGAGAAGAAGAAAUCCAUCAUCAAGCAAUUAUUUAAAGAACAGUAA